AUGACGAGACUUAUUCUAUCCACGGCCAAUGUCAUGUUGGCAGGCCCCUCCAUUAUUCGCAAGCCCGGCAACGCCAGAUCCAACCUCGAACUCGUCAAUUCUCUGCGAGAUAACAUCGCUGAAGCUCAGCGCGACUAUGCGAUCGACACGGAAGGAACCAACGGCUUCACGAACGGCAAUGCGCUCAACGGCAACCACGCAGCUGUAGAGCUUUGGACCGAGCGGCAGGACGAUGCGCUGUAUGUUCCUCGCAUUAAUUGGAAUGCCGCUGGCCUACGAGAAGAGCCCAGCCAGUACGAGAUCACCGUCAAGUUUUUUGUCCUCCCGGGCAUGUCUGACAAGGCUCGGGAGCAACACGUCAAGAAAGCUUUGGAUCUGGUCCGGAGAGAACUUGGCAUCACCACAAUCGAUUUACUAAUUGUGUCCUUCCCUGGAAUUUCAUUCGAGGGUAGCUGCGAAUGGGAAGCCGACAAGACCAAUGCCCACCAAGGAAACCUUGAGGAGGAACUCGCAACCUGGAAGGUUUUCGAGAGUCUACACAAGCAGGGCCUCGUGAAACGUCUGGCCGUGGCCGAAUUUGGUAGCGAGAAACUGAGCGCCUUUAUCAAGCAUACGACUGUCCGACCCGUUAUCGACCAAAUCAACUUGCGAAACUGCUGCGAUGUCCCACCUCCGCUGAAGAAGCUUGCGGAAGAUGAAGGCGUUGAACUACACGUCCACAACGAUUGUACCGACAUCCUUCCUCAUGGCACUCUACGAGAGCUCCUCAGCCACGGUUCGAAGGGUGCAGGCUUGCUUGCCGACUCAAGCAACAACGGCUCUGGCUUGACGGGUGAGCUUGUUCCUGAAUGGGUUGUGCGAUACACAGCUUUCGUACAGGAUCGAGGCGUCAUAGAGAACAAGGGAUAUUUCGCAGGAGCUGAGCUGGUGAGAUCAUAG